AGCGGCCUGUCGCCUGGCUUCGGGGAAGGCAUUGGGGGAGGGGCCCCCGGAUUCUCUUGUUUUAGGGGGAUCUCCAGUUUACAGCUCCUCUCUUAGGGGUUCGGAGUUGGGUGUCCUCCCAAUCCCUGACAGUAUCCUUUCUCCUGGGGGAGGUAUAUACCCUGCUCAUUUUGGAUAGGUACCCGAGACUAACGGAGGCAGAAAGUGGGGGUUCGGAUCAGCCUUCGCCUCCAUCCUUCUGUGGAGGGCUCCUUAGGAUGGGGGCUCUUGUGCACUCUGAAUUUUUUGGCGGGAGGUAUUUUCUAGUUACUCCCUAGAAGGUAGGCAGGGAAGGGUGCAUCUCCAGCUUUUUAGGUGAAAGCUCCUGACCUUUUUUGGCGACCCCGCUUUUUUUUCUCAGGAUCCCCUCUUUUUGUAGGGAGGAUGGUGAGUUGGAAGAAGGUGAACUGGAAGAUGAUGGGGCUGAGGAGACCCAGGAUGCCCCAGGGGGACAAGAGAGGAGUCGGAAAGAGAAGGGUGAGAAGCACCACAGCGACUCGGAUGAGGAAAAGUCUCACAGGAGACUGAAACGGAAGCGGAAGAAGGAACGGGAGAAGGAGAAGAGGAGGUCGAAGAAAAGGCGGAAAUCCAAGCACAAACGCCAUGCUUCUUCCAGUGAUGAUUUCUCGGACUUCUCAGAUGACUCAGAUUUCAGCCCCAGUGAGAAGGGUCACCGCAAGUACCGGGACUAUAGCCCACCGUACGCACCGUCCCACCAGCAGUACUCCUCAUCACACAACGCGCCCCUGCCCAAGAAGUCCUACUCCAAGAUGGAUAGCAAGGGCUACAGCAUGUACGAGGACUAUGAGAAUGAGCAGUAUGGAGAGUAUGAGGGGGAUGAAGAGGAGGACAUGGGUAAGGAAGACUAUGAUGACUUCACUAAAGAGCUGAACCAGUACCGGCGUGCCAAGGAGGGCAGCAGCCGGGGCCGAGGUAGCCGAGGCCGGGGCAGGGGCUACAGGGGCCGUGGAAGCCGAGGAGGAUCUCGAGGCCGAGGAAUGGGCAGGGGCAGUCGAGGCCGGGGCAGAGGCUCUGUGGGAGAGCACCUGGAGGAUGAAGAAGACUUUUACGAGGAGGAGAUGGAAUAUGGAGAAAGCGAGGAGCCCAUGGGAGAUGAUGAUUACGAUGACUACUCUAAGGAGCUGAACCAGUACCGAAGGUCCAAAGACAGCCGAGGUCGAGGCUUAAGUCGAGGCCGAGGCCGGGGUUCCCGAGGAGGCCGAGGGAAGGGGAUGGGCCGGGGCCGAGGCCGAGGCAGCAGAGGGGGAAUGAGCAAGGGCGGGAUGAACGACGAUGAAGACUACUAUGAUGAUGACAUGGGCGAUGGCGGUGGUGUAAGCUACCGGCGAAGUGAUCAUGACAAGCCCCAUCAGCAGUCUGACAAGAAAGGCAAAGUCAUCUGCAAGUACUUCGUGGAGGGGCGAUGCACUUGGGGAGACCACUGCAAUUUUAGCCAUGACAUCGAACUGCCAAAGAAGCGAGAGCUGUGCAAGUUUUACAUCACGGGGUUCUGUGCUCGGGCUGAGAACUGCCCCUACAUGCAUGGUGACUUUCCAUGUAAGUUAUACCACACCACUGGGAACUGCAUCAAUGGUGACGACUGCAUGUUCUCUCAUGACCCGCUGACUGAGGAGACACGAGAGCUUUUAGAUAAGAUGUUGGCUGAUGAUGCAGAAGCAGGUGCUGAGGACGAGAAGGAGGUGGAAGAACUGAAGAAGCAGGGCAUUAACCCCUUGCCCAAGCCACCUCCUGGCGUGGGGCUCCUGCCCACUCCUCCACGGCCCCCUGGGCCCCCAGCUCCCACCUCUCCUAAUGGCAGGCCCAUGCAGGGUGGCCCUCCUCCCCCUCCUCCACCCCCACCCCCUCCUCCGGGGCCACCUCAAAUGCCCCUGCCGGCACAUGAGCCACUAUCCCCGCAGCAGUUACAGCAGGACAUGUACAACAAGAAGAUCCCUUCUUUGUUUGAGAUUGUGGUGCGGCCCACAGGGCAGUUAGCUGAGAAGCUGGGCGUGAGGUUUCCUGGACCUGGUGGACCCUCUGGGCCAAUGGGUCCUGGCCCCAACAUGGGACCCCCAGGGCCAAUGGGGGGUCCCAUGCAUCCUGACAUGCACCCUGACAUGCACCCAGACAUGCACCCAGAUAUGCACCCAGACAUGCACCCAGAUAUGCAUCCUGACAUGCACCCUGACAUGCAUCCUGACAUGCCAAUGGGUCCUGGCAUGAACCCUGGUCCUCCCAUGGGUCCUGGUGGCCCCCCGAUGAUGCCCUAUGGUCCUGGAGACUCCCCGCAUUCGGGAAUGAUGCCUCCCAUCCCACCAGCCCAGAACUUCUAUGAGAACUUCUACCCACAACAAGAAGGCAUGGAAAUGGAGCCGGGGCUCGUUGGGGAUGCAGAGGACUACGGGCACUACGAAGAGCUGCCGGGGCAGCCUGGGGAGCCCCUCUUCCCCGAGCACCCUCUGGAGCCCGACAGCUUCCCCGAGGGAGGGCCCCCAGGCCAGCUGAAGGCGGGCGCCGGUGUCCCCGACUUCCUGCCCUCGGCCCAGAGGGCUCUGUACCUGAGGAUCCAGCAGAAGCAGCAGGAGGAGGAGAGAGCGAGGAGGCUGGCUGAGAGCAGCAAGCAGGACCGGGAGAAUGAGGAAGGUGACACCGGAAACUGGUACUCAAGUGACGAGGAUGAGGGGGGAAGCAGUGUCACAUCUAUCCUCAAGACCUUGAGGCAACAGACAUCAAGCCGACCCCAAGCUUCAACUGGGGAACCGAGCAGCAGUGGGCUGGGGGAUCCCCGUUUGCAGAAGGGACACCCCACAGGAGGCCGGCUGGCUGACCCCAGACUCAGUCGUGACCCCAGACUCAGCCGCCAUGCAGAGACUUCAGGAGGGACUGGCCCAGGGGACUCAGGGCCUUCUGACCCUCGGUUGGCUCGUGCCCUGCCCACCUCCAAGACUGAAGGCAACCUUCAUUCCAGCCCUGCGGGCCCCAGCAGUUCAAAAGGACAGACCACUGCAGAAGAAGAGGAAGGGGAGCGGGCCUUGCGCGAGAAGGCAGUGAACAUUCCCCUGGACCCCCUGCCUGGGCACCCACUGCGGGACCCUCGCUCUCAGCUGCAGCAGUUCAGCCACAUUAAGAAAGAUGUGACCCUGAGCAAGCCAAGCUUUGCCCGCACUGUGCUCUGGAACCCUGAGGACCUGAUCCCCCUGCCCAUCCCCAAGCAGGACGUGCCCCCGGUGCCUGCUGCCCUGCAGUCCCUGCCUGCCCUGGAUCCCAGGCUGCACCGCUCCACACCUCCUGGGCCUCCCAACACCCGGCAGCGUCCAGGCUCCACAGAUCCCAACACAUCUGGCUCUAACCUACCUGACUUUGAACUCCUGUCUCGAAUCCUCAAGACUGUCAAUGUCAACACCCCUGGCCAGAGUGACAAACCCAGCGACCCCAGGGUGCGGAAGACCCCUACGGAUCCCAGAUUACAGAAGUCAGCAGAUCCUGCUUCAACAUCCCGUGCAACCAAGCCCUGUUCUACGGAAGCAUCACCUCCUGCUGCCAGCCCAAGUGGAGACUCAUCCCCACCAGCCACAGCUCCCUAUGACCCCCGAGUGCUAGCAGCUGGUGGCCUGGGCCAGGGCAGCAGCAGUGGGCAGAGCAGUGUGCUGAGUGGCAUCAGCUUGUAUGACCCAAGGACUCCCAAUGCAGGUGGCAAAGCUGCAGAGCCAGCCUCUGACGCGAGUGCUCAGCCCAAGGGUCCUGAGGGCAACGGCAAGAGCUCAGCCUCCAAGGCAAAAGAGCCUCCGUUUGUCCGCAAGUCUGCCCUGGAGCAGCCAGAGACAGGGAAGGUGAGCACAGAUGGGGCCACAGCCACGGACAGAUACAAUAGCUACAACCGGCCCCGGCCCAAGGCCACUGCAGCACCCACUGCUGCCUCAUCUACCCCGCCCCCUGAGGGGGCCACACCCCAACCUGGAGUGCACAACCUGCCAGUGCCCACCCUCUUUGGUACUGUGAAGCCUGCCCCCAAAACAGGCACAGGAAGCCCAUUUGCUGGCAACAGCCCUGCUCGUGAGGGUGAACAGGAUGCAGGCUCCCUGAAGGACGUUUUUAAAGGCUUUGACCCCACAGCCUCCCCCUUUUGCCAGUAGUAUCUGUUGGAGCCAGUGCUCCCUCCACUCCACCACCCUUCCAGGGUGACAAUUAAGGGCAGCAACCAGAGUUACGGGUGGGGGACAGGCAGGGUGUUCUUUCUUAACAUUUUUCUUCCCUUUCUUCCUUUUUAAGUAGUACUUUCUUUGAGUCAUAAAUUGUAUCUAACCGUCUUGGGUUCUGGUCAGUGCUACAGGCUCCUGGGCUCUCUCUGCCUAGUGAGCAACUUGUGCCCUGCGUUGGACAGUGGCAAGUACCCAGCCUGGGGCUUUCCUGGAACUAAGGGAAGCCUAAGUGUCUGGGAAGGCACUGAAAGCCACUCACCCUGUGCUGCUGGGAGAGGACUAAAGCACAUUUGGUGGAAGCCGGUGUAGGAGUUUCUAAAGCCCCAGGGUGAGCUGGCUGCUAUUCAGCAUGCAGCCUGUGACAGCCUGCUUCAGGACAGAGCAACAGAGAAGUGAGAAAAUGUCCAGAGGAGAAAAAGGUCCUGGUCCUGGUCCUAACCUGCUUGGGCCUGUGCAUCCUCCCUCCAGGGUUUGUCCUGAAAGUGACACCCUAUAGCCCUCCAGGAGACUCUGGGUGAGACAGACCUGCAGCCUGUAGGCCUGAGAGGGGUGGGGCAGCCUCUCAAAGCAUUCUCCCUCAGUAUUACCUGUCCAGUGCCACUGGCCUGACCCUCGAGACAGCUCAAGGAUCCGUGGUGUCGCCACCUGCCAGACUCCCGAGGAGGGAGGCCAAGGGUGGCCCUGGCAAAGUGUGUCUGCUUGCUGCUUUCAUGCGCCUUAGCCGUGUUCCCUGUAGAGUACCAGAUAGUGUUUGCUUUCCCUCCCAAACCGACCGAAGCAGGGCAUCAGCUGUCUGUUGCGGUGUUGGAUUAGUGGGUGCUUUCCAAAAGGGGGCCUGAGGAAACAGUAGAGUCUGGGGCCAAAGUGGUGUGUAGGUCCUUUCUAGGAAAGGAAACUUGGGGUGGGAAGGCCUAAGGCAUCUGCCAGAUCCCAGUCAGCGGAGGCAUUGCCACAGCCUCCCCUACUGGUAGCCUUAGGUCUGGCCUUAACCAGAGCCCCAGGGGAGACUUCCUGUGACCAUGUCCCCAAGAUUGGUUGGGGAACUGGAUAAGACCUGCUGCAGGCCUUUCUAUGUCUGAGUCACUCGCCAAGCCCUAGAGGUCUGCUUUCUUGUAGCCUGCCUUUUCUAUAUUGGGUCUAUGGGCUCAGCUGCUUCCUUUUGGUGAUAAGGAAACCUGACACACAGCCAGUGGGUCCCCUCCGCCUCAGGGGGAGACAGGCUGCCACAUCCCCACUCGCCCCUCCCCCAAUGCCCUCCACAUCCCAAAGAGAAAUCCCUUCAAAACAAUUCUGGGCCUGAAGCUGGGGUGGGAGGGGCUUGUGCCCACAGGCUAACACCCUGUGGGGUCAGUCACCAAGAUCAGGUUGGUUUCGGUUGUCUUUGUGUUUUUUAUUUUGUUUUGUUUUCUUAAACAAUCAUCAAUGAGAUUUGUCUUUGGACUCCAGCCUUGGCCUCCAAGACUGGGGCUGUGGUAAGUGUAGGAUAGAAGAGUAGUGUGGCAGUGUUCUGAUCCCACCCCACCCCUUUGAAAGUUCUCUUUUGUAAAAGCCAGGCUUGGUCGUGCCUACCUGUCAUCCCAGCACUCAGGAGGCAGAGGCAGGAGGAUCACGAGUUCAAAGCCAGGCUGGUCUACAUUAGAAAAAUAAAAUUUUUCUUUUGUUAAAGGAAAAUUAAAUGAAUUUUUAAAUCUGAAAUCUGUGGGUGAGAGGAACUAUUCCUCCUCUUGGAAUAGUCAGACGAAGACCCUCCUGGGACAAGGAACUCCGCCUGAAUCCCCACUCGCCAGCAGGCCACACUUUUAAAGAAAAAUUGUUCUCUAACCAGGAUUGUAACAAAAGUGUAAAUAGCAUUUCUGAGUUGAAAGUCGAUGGUGCAAAUAUGUAUAUAACGUACUGUAUUUUUACAAUGAUCGUCGCAUGGCUCUCCCGCCCCCUUUUGUACUCAGUAUCUGUCUUCCAGAAACCUCACCUGCCUUCUCUCAUGUGGUCUCUUAAUCCAGUAAUUGUAUUACUGCCAUUAAAGGAUGCAGUUAUUUUAAA